UGUAAUUAUUACCGGCUUUUCCCUCCGCAGUUUUGACACACUUCCAUUGCCGGCGCAAAACCACCGUCGAGCAGAUCAUCAAUACUCUACAAUCUCCGGCCGAGAGUGUGAAAUCAAUCGGUGAAAAGUACAAUCCGUAGCUUAUAUAUCUAUAAUCAGAGGAUGAAAACAAGGCCACGAUCCUAAAUCCAGCGGGUAUAAUAUGGCUUACCGGCGGAGACAGCAAGUUGCAUCCGCCGGCGACUCAGCCUCUUCAUCUUCCGCCUCCUCCCUGGCCGCCAAAGCCAUCGGAGCUUCAUCGGCGCGCAGAGACUAUUCCCUUUCCUCCGUCUACGAACAGUCGGCCCUCUCUACCCCACGCGCCUCUACUCCUUCGUCUGCCAAGGAUUCCCCCACAUAUGAACAUACAUCAAAGAAGGGCGUGGAUGAGUCGAAACAAGGGUUCUGGGGGUUUUCCAGGAAGGAUAAUUCCCUUCUUGAUGAUGAUGAUAAUAUUUCCGAACAACGUGAAACACCUGGAGGGACAUUACCUCAGACAUCUAAUAAAAGCAAAAAGAGUCAGUACCAUAACACAUAUGACUAUCCAGAAAGGAGCCCAAUGACAGACGGCCCUGCGUUACAGAAGGGACUAAAUGCAUUUACAUCAUCACUAAAUUACAUUGGUAAUGCUCUAGAGUGCUACUCUGCUUCUGGAAAAAGUGCGGGAAGGGUGCCGCAUGAUGAGGGUAUCACGGCAGUGGAGAAGCUCACUGCAGACAUAAUUCAAGAGACCCGUAAGAUUCAGAUAAAGAAAAAGAGUGAUACCUCUAAAUCUCAAAACCAGUUCUCAAAUCUUGAUGACCUCAGACAACCUACUGCACAGGCUCGUGUGCAACCUCAGAUGCACACUAACUUGGAAACCCAACUGAAUGCAUCUCGAGACGUUGCAAUGGCAAUGGCUGCUAAAGCAAAACUUCUACUGAGGGAGCUGAAGACGGUCAAAGCCGAUCUUGUGUUCACAAAGGAACGUUGUGGUCAGCUGGAAGAGGAAAAUAGAAUCCUUAAGGAGAGCCGAGAAAAAGGUGACGACCCAGAAGAUGAUGAUUUGAUAAGGCUGCAGCUUGAGUCCCUUUUAGCCGAGAAAGCUCGACUCGCCCAAGAGAACUCGGUUUAUGCACGGGAAAACCGUUUUCUGAGAGAGAUUGUCGAGUACCACCAGCUAACAAUGCAGGAUGUCGUGUACUUGGACGAAAGCAAUGAAGAGGUCACAGAAGUGUACCCGGUCAAUUUUGCAACACAUGCGAAUUUUCAACCGUCCGGCAUAAUACCCGCACACUCUUCAGCCUCUUCAGUUUCCCAAUUGACUUCUCAAUAUUUGAAUCCAGAAAAUUAAAUCCUUAUGCCUGCUGGAGAAGCUGCCAGCCAUCGAGAAAAAAAGGUUGGAUUGUAUCAAUUGUAAGUAGUAACUGCUAAUUUAUUUGUAUAAGUUAUAAAAGGUGGUGUCAUUAAGCUAAGUUUGCUCUUCAUUGACUGUUUGUAAAUUGUUGUGUUGCUGAUUAUUUUUAAAUGUUCAGUCUCUAGUCAUUGCAAGAUAAAAGGGGGUGAAAAGGGUUCAUGUUGUAAUUUUUUUUUUUAGAUAAUUUUUUCCUUUUUUUGCUUAAUUGUUUAUUUCGGUGCUUUUUUUUUUAAUCCGGUCACGUUAAGCCUGUUUCUUUGUUCCUGGCAUUGUGAUG